AUGCAUGUAUGGAUCCCGUUAAAGACCUCAGUUUCUGAGGAAGUUGAUGAAGGCUCGCCGUACACACAAGGACUAGUGGAGAAAACGUUUAAAGGAAGCGCAUCUUUAGACGGUGAAGACGACAGAACUGGAAUUCCUGAGAGAAUAGAAAACUCCAGGAGCAAAGAUGACCAUAACGGUAUCGUCUGUAAACAAUCCGCCAUGUUGUUGCAACAUAAACUGUACGUUUUGUAUACUCAUAACCGGUUACGAAGCAAAUUAGCGUUAGGAAAGCAGCAGAAUAAGGAAGGAAUGAUGGGAAGUGGGAAAAAUAUUUACACCGUGAGAUGGGAUUGCGAUCUAGAGUUCAUGGCUCACAAGUGGACAAAAUCCUGUACACCAUUAUUUAUGCCAAGUGUGACCUCUCUCUCAGGAGCUCAGCUCGUCAAAGGAUUUGACACCAUAUUCCACGGAAGGAAUAUCGCACAACAUAUUGAUCAUGCCAUGCGGUCAUGGUGGACAGAAUAUAAGAGGCAUGGGAAUGUUGAUCAUAAAAACCGCUACUUCUCACGGCAGCUCUACUAUGGAUGGGCAAACGAGUACGACUGCAACCUGGAAUGGUACGCUCAGAUUUGGGCUGAUAAUUGCAUAUUCGAGCAUUCCAACAGAAAGGAGCGUCCAAAUCAAGGACAAAACUUGUAUAUGACCAGCUUCACGAACGUUGAACAGAAUUCCAUGCUCCAUACAGCUAUAGAGUUGUGGUGGAAAGAGUUAGAGGAAUAUGGUAUACCAGCUGAUGGAAUGCUCACCAAGGAUGUGUGGACAAGAAAAGGCAACCGCAUUGGGCACUUCACUCAGGUUGUUACCACAUUACGUUAUUACUGCUUAAGAAUUCCGUAA